AUGCGUACUGGAUAUGCAUUCCUCCUCUCUUUACCCGGCCUCGCGAGUCUCAUCAGCGGCCUCUCCUCCUCCUCUGUUACUAGCGCGCAGGCUUUCGUGUUGCAGGACGUUUAUGUCGGAGAUGCGUUCUUUAAGGGGUUUCAUUGGGAGACUAUGAAUGAUCCGACGCAUGGACGGGUGAAUUAUGUCUCCCAGAGCGCGGCGAGGCAGGCGAAUUUAUCUUAUGCAUCAAACGAUAAAUUCGUCAUGCGCGCCGACGACACCACCAAAGUCUGGAAACGCGCCCGCGGCCGCGACAGCGUCCGUAUCUCAUCAAAGCAGACCUACGACGACGCGCUCUUCGUGCUCGAUCUGGAGCAUAUGCCGGAAGGAUGCGCGACGUGGCCUGCGUUUUGGACGGUCACGAAGAAGGGGCCUUGGCCGCAUGGUGGGGAGAUCGACGUCAUUGAAGGUGUUAACCUCGAUACUCAUAAUCUUGCGUCUUUGCAUACCCUGCCUGGAUGUACCAUGGCCCAACACAGACCCCAUACCGGCACCCCAACCUCCCUCAACUGCGACACCUCCCAAAACUACAACCAAGGCUGCGGCGUCUCCUUCUCCUCCACCCCCUCUCCCUCUUCGUCCUCCUACGGUAAAGCCUUCAACGCAGCUCGGGGCGGCUGGUACGUCAUGUCGAAAUCGGCGUCUAAAGGCGUGCAGGUGUGGUUCUGGGCGCGGGACGACGCGGGGGUGCCGCCGGAGAUCAAGAACGGUGGGGGUACGAAGCCGAAUGAAGGCAGUGGAGGAGAAGGGGGAGGAGGGGGAGAGAGGAAGAAGGAGGUGAAGCCAGAGGCGUGGUGGGGGACGCCGGCGGCGACGUUCCCGGUUGAUGAGUGCGAUUGGAAGAAACAUUUCGAUGCGCAUCAGGUUGUGUUUGAUUUGACGUUUUGUGGCGAUUGGGCGGGCUCCGUCUGGUCGGGUUCGGGAUGUGGGGCGGGGACGUGUGAGGAUUACGUAGACAACAACCCAUCCGCGUUCAAAAACGCCUAUUGGGAGAUCAACUCGCUCGCUGUGUACACGGCCGAUGCGGACGGAGGCGGCGCGCAGGUCCCGAUGGUGGCGGGAUUGUUGCAGGGGAAGCUGCAGGGGAAGACGAAGAGUAAGAGUAAAGGGACGGGGGGGAAGAGUAAGAAGGGGGGGAGGGGGGAGUAG